AUGACCCUCUCCGGCGGCGGCAGCGCCAGCGACAUGUCCGGCCAGACGGUGCUGACGGCCGAGGACGUGGACAUCGAUGUGGUGGGCGAGGGCGAUGACGGGCUGGAGGAGAAGGACAGCGACGCGGGCUGCGAUAGCCCCGCGGGGCCGCCCGAGCUGCGCCUGGACGAGGCGGACGAGGUGACGCUGGCGGCCCCCCACCAUGGGCAGCCUCAGCCGCCGCACCAGCAGCCCCUGGCACUGCCCAAGGAGGCCGCUGGAGCCGGGGCCGGGCCAGGGGGCGAGGCGGGCGCGUCCGAGGCCGACGGCUGCAAGGGCGGCGUUGGCGGCGAGGAGAGCGGCGGGAGCGGUGGCGGGCCUGGCUCGGGCAGCGGUGCGGCGGGAGGCCUGGCUCCGAACAAGCCCAAGAACAGCCUGGUGAAGCCGCCCUACUCGUACAUCGCGCUCAUCACUAUGGCUAUCCUGCAGAGCCCGCAGAAGAAGCUAACCCUGAGUGGCAUCUGCGAGUUCAUCAGCAACCGCUUCCCCUACUACCGGGAGAAGUUCCCCGCCUGGCAGAACAGCAUCCGCCACAAUCUCUCGCUCAACGACUGCUUCGUCAAGAUCCCCCGUGAACCGGGCAACCCGGGGAAGGGCAACUACUGGACCCUGGACCCCCAGUCCGAGGACAUGUUCGACAACGGCAGCUUCCUGCGGCGCCGGAAACGCUUCAAGCGCCACCAGCAGGAGCACCUGCGUGAGCAGACGGCGCUCAUGAUGCAGAGCUUCGGCGCCUACAGCCUGGCGGCGGCGGCCGGCGCCGCGGGGCCCUACGGUCGCCCCUACGGCCUGCACCCUGCAGCCGCGGCUGGCGCCUACUCGCACCCUGCUGCUGCGGCAGCCGCGGCGGCGGCCGCGGCGCUCCAGUACCCGUACGCUCUGCCGCCGGUGGCACCCGUGCUGCCGCCCGCCGUGCCGCUGCUGCCCUCGGGCGAGUUGGGCCGCAAAGCGGCCGCGUUCGGCUCGCAGCUCGGCCCGGGCCUGCAGCUGCAGCUCAACAGUUUGGGCGCCGCCGCGGCCGCCGCGGGCACGGCGGGCGCCGCUGGCACCACGGCGUCGCUCAUUAAGUCCGAGCCGAGUGCGCGACCGUCGUUCAGCAUCGAGAACAUCAUCGGUGGGGGCCCCGCGGCGCCCGGGGGCUCGGCUGGGGGCGCCGGGGUAACUGGGGGCACCGGGGGUAGCGGGGGCGGCGGGGCGGCGCAGUCCUUUCUGCGGCCGCCCGGGACCGUGCAGUCAGCAGCGCUCAUAGCCACGCAUCAGCCUCUCUCGCUGAGUCGGACGACGGCGACCAUCGCGCCCAUCCUGAGCGUGCCGCUCUCUGGACAGUUUCUGCAGCCUGCAGCCUCGGCCGCCGCCGCUGCCGCCGCCGCAGCGCAGGCCAAGUGGCCCGCUCAAUAG